AUCCUGUGCUUUGUUUUUUUUUUUUUUUUUUUUUUUUUGGCCGUCGUCGGUGGUGGUAUUCCUCGUCUCCUGUGUGAUGGCAGAAGGAAGAAAGAGGGGAAAUGAAUAUUAUGGAUAGGUAGCGCGUGUGCAUGGAUGUUGACGAUCAUCAUCAUCAUCGAACAUGGCGUUGUUGAAACUGUAUUGCAUUGCGACCUCGUUGCGCCGCAUCAUCCUUGGUGGUGCAAUGUAGCCAUGGCGAUUUGCUCUUGCAAGCUGAGGGCAGAUUGUGUAGUGCGUCACUUUUCCGAUUUGAAGCGAGGGCAUGGCUACAGGAGCUGACAUCAUUGAGUGAAGCAAAUGGAGUCGAGCGUAAUGGUGUGAUCUUGAGUGUGGUGUUAUUAUGGACAAGUAAGGAGCAGGUGGUUCGUCUGCGUCAGUGAAAUUUUAUGCAGAGAUAUAAAUAAGUGUUUACAGGGAAGGCAUACCAGAUGACAAGUUAAGGUUUCGGGUAUACCGGACGGGGCGUAGCUCGUGAGCCAUUUGGGUCCUCAUACCAUUGGAAUAACAAUGGCGGACACCAUCGGUAUUAUUUUAAAAUACUUGCACCAGCAUCACUUUACAAGGGCAGAGGAAGUCCUGAGGGAGGAGGUCAGCCUCCGGCAGCAGUCCAAUGGUCCAGACCUUGUACCGUUGAACGAUGACCUGGACCUAGAAGUGGCCAUGUGCCUUAAAUCGGUGCAAGAGAAAACUACACAGAAACAUGCGGAAUUGAAAGCUGUGCCUAACAAACCAGCGCAAGACAAGUUGGUGACAGACGUAAAACCGUCUGCAGCGUUGAGGCUAGCAGCCAAGGAGGAGCCCCAUGGUCAUGUGGAACCACUUUGGUCAUCGAUGAAGGCGGAGGUUUCCGAACCACUGUUUAUGGAAUUUGAGGUGAAGGAUUUUGAACGAUCUACAAAGCUGCACUCUACACUUGAUGUUGGUAGCUCGCCUUCACAAGUUUCUCUCUCUCCCAUCUCCCAGAAGAAGAUGAUUGAGAGAAGGAAGUCUCCGGGUAGAAUAGGAGGCUUGAGUGUCCUUCAGACUGAGGCAGAAAUGGGGGCCAUUUCUUCCAUCGAGAAGGUGACGCCUGAUCUAAAGGAGGCGGAAGCAAGUAACGCAAGCCCAGGGAAUGUUGCUUCUGAUUCUUGCAUUGGGGGAGUGUUUACUCCAACGAGUCAGAGGAAAGAGUUAUUACCAGGUCAUGAAGCAGACCCCCCACAAGCGCACUUCGAAGCAACACGAGGAAAAGUAGAUGCACUGAAACAGAGGUGGGAGCCCAAGGCUGCUGAUAAGCCCGCUCUUGAACGAGAGAAGAGCUUUCGAGCUGUUGUGGCAAUGGCAAAGAAAGUGGAAAGUCAAUCAGAUAAAUGGACUGAGAGUAAUGGACAAUCCACAGAUGUCCAAGAUUCUGCGACUUUUCUUCCAGAGGCUACAAUUGAGGUGCAGCUGGCACCUAGGAAUGAGAUUAAAGCUAAUGCAACACUUCCUACUGAUUCGAAAUCAGAAGAUGUUAGCGCUGGAAGUUUGAACUUCACCGUGCCUAAAAGUCCAGAGUGGGCAGAAGUUCCUAUCAAGACUAUCCCACUCAUCAAGACAAGUGUGUCGCUUGCAGCGGAUUCGAAGAAGAGUUUUGAGGAGGGGGGAAAGGAAACUAUUUCUAUUAACCCUCCACACUUAUAUCCUGAGCGGCUUCAAACGGGCACAAAGCAGGAGCUCGUACCUCAAGCUUUCGGUAAACAAGACACUGGUUCGCAAUAUGCAGCUGUUUCUUCAGAUGAAUUGAAAACGUCUUAUACAAUAGAGCAGUCAACAGUAGAAGGGCCGAGCUCCACAAUAGUAGAAAGGAAAUUAACUUGUGUAGCUCCUAGAUCAGUUCAGGAGGGUCUUCCUAAACUUGCACCUGUUCGGUUGCGUUCAAUUGAUGCCAAGAGCCUUGAAGCAGUCCAAGAUGAGUAUGCUAGUGGGAUGAAGAAGAGUGUUGAAUCUUCGUCACCUGGUAAUGUUGCUGGGACUGCGAACGCUAUUCCCUUUGGACUAGGGUCGUAUCUUGACGUUCCUGUUGGUCAGGACGUCUCCUCAUCUGGGUCUCGGCGCAUACCUGCGUCUGCUCGGCCUUCAGUGAGCCAUGGCAUUGUAGAGGACCAGUCUGAGCUCCUGUCUGGGUUUGCAACAGCAGGAGAUGUGCAGAGUGAAUCUGCAGUGGAAUAUGCGGACGAGUGUUGGGACUCUGAUACUUACGAGGACGAUGACGAUCCUGGGUACCUUAGGCAGCCAAUAGAAGACGAGGAGUGGUUCUUGGCACAUGAAAUUGAUUAUCCAAGUGAUGAUGAGCGAGCUCGCCCUAACGAAGAAGCUGCACGUAGCUCUCGGCGUGAGAAGGAUUAUGAGAAGUACGAGAAGGACGAGGAAGAAGGUUGUUCUGUCCUCGAAGAAGAGCAGUCCUACUUUUCUGGGGAGGAGUCUCUUGCCUGUCUCAACAAGGCAGAGAGAGAAAAGGGAAAAACUCUAGUAGAAGUUAACGAGGUUCAGACAAGUGAGGUAUUUGGGCGCAUGGAUGGUGGAGAUACUGUUGGUAUUAAUCGCCAGAUUGCCGACGCUACGCGCAUCCUUGACCCAGACCAGUUCGACAGACAGCUAUUGGGCGCGGUUAAUGUUCCUUUGAUGGAUAGUGAUACAAGGUGGCGAAAUUUUGAUGCUUCCAAAGGAAUUCAGUCAGAAGAGGAGGGUGUCAAAAAACCUGACCACGGAAGAGCUGUUCUAAAUAAUCAUGUCUUUGUAGUGGAGGAUGACAGAAUGGGUUCAGUGCGGUUUGGUGGUGUGGGCGUGAGCAGUGAUGUUGCAGAUUUUGGCAGUGAAAGGCGUCAGAGUGUACCAGGGGAAAGCGGUGAAGGGGAUUUAGAUAUAGGAGAGAUCGGUGAUCGCAGCAUGGGGCAAACCAGGUUAUCACCUCAACUAAGGAAUAGCGCCAGAGGAAAAGCACAUGAAUCUGAGAGUAAUCGGAAGCAGGACGAAGAAGAGGAGGAAGAAGACUUGAUCCUUAAAUAUUACAACAAUCCGUGGGCGAGUCACAAGCGUCGUGGAGUCGAGCGGGAGGUCUCGACUUUGGAUAUCCUACAUCUACCGAACUCAGAAAAGGAGAAUUCCACUAUGGAGAAGGUUAGUAACGUUGGUGAGGGUCGUCGGCACAAGGAGUCCGAGACAGCUGGUACCACAGGGUUCGGUGGAUUUUCAUUUCCAUCUCCCUCCACAAGUGGAGGAGACAUCGGAGCUGUAUCUAGAGUAGACUCAGGGAAGUCAUUGUGGUCUGUUAGAGACAUCACUGGUCAGAUGCUUGGUGAAGAAGCAGAUUAUGGGAAUGGCGUGUCGGAGCCGGAUGAUCCUUUAGCUUCUUGGAGGCGCAAGAGCAAUGAAUCCUCGCCCAUGCUGAGUCCCCGUAAUGAUGGCCAUCGAGAUCUGUCCGUGCGGUCCACUGGAUCUGCGAGCUCGACGGCUGGGUAUGGCAGUACAGUUGCCAAGGAUGAGAAUGCAGGAGAAGGUGAUGACGAAGUAGAGCAGGACGUAGAGGAAGAAGAUACGUUGGAGGUGCACCAGAAAAUUAGGGAUACUGAGGCUGUAGCAGCCGAAGACGAAGAAGCCGCAGCAGUGCAAGAGCAAAUUCGGAGAAUAAGAGCAGAAGAAGAGGAGUUCGAGACAUUCGAUUUGAAGAUCAUCCAUCGAAAGAACAGGACUGGGUUUGAGGAAGACAAAGACUUUCCAGUUGUGAUUAAUGCAGUUGUUGCUGGUCGCUAUCAUGUGACGGAGUAUCUAGGCUCUGCUGCAUUCAGCACAGCUAUUCAGGCUCACGACCUGCUCACAGGAAUGGAUGUGUGUAUGAAGAUUAUCAAGAAUAAUAAAGACUUCUUCGAUCAGAGUCUUGAUGAAAUCAAGCUUCUCAAGUACAUCAACAAGCACGACCCUGGUGACAAGCACCACCUCUUGCGGCUGUACGAUUAUUUUUACCACCGGGAGCAUUUGUUCAUCGUUUGUGAGUUACUUCGAGCCAACCUGUACGAAUUCCACAAGUACAACAGAGAAUCGGGUGGCGAGGUUUAUUUUACAAUGCCCCGUCUUCAGUCCAUCGCCCGGCAGUGUUUGGAGGCACUGGAGUUCAUUCAUAGUUUGGGGCUGAUUCACUGCGAUUUGAAACCGGAAAAUAUUCUGGUGAAAAGUUACAGUCGGUGUGAGAUCAAAGUGAUCGACUUGGGAAGCAGUUGUUUCCAGACAGAUCAUCUGUGCCCUUAUGUGCAAUCUCGCUCGUAUCGAGCCCCUGAAGUUAUUCUUGGUCUUCCUUAUGAUCACAAGAUCGACAUGUGGUCUCUUGGUUGCAUUCUUGCAGAACUAUGUUCAGGAAAUGUACUUUUCCAAAAUGAUUCCCUGGCGACGCUAUUAGCUCGUGUGGUCGGAAUACUAGGUCCAAUAGAACCUGAGCUUUUAUCCAAGGGACGAGACACUCACAAGUUCUUCACCAAGAACCACACGCUUUAUGAACGGAAUCAGGAUUCUGACCAACUCGAGUACCUGCUGCCGAAGAAGACGUCUCUAGCCCAUCGUCUACCCAUGGGUGACCAAGGCUUUGUGGAGUUUGUUGGCUACCUUCUCAAUAUCAACCCUCUUCUGCGACCAAAUGCCAGUGAGGCCCUGAAGCAUCCGUGGUUGUUAUUUCCUUACGAACCAAUUUCUUCAUAAUUGGAACCACACUGAUUCUUUUUCUGUCCACUUCGAGAAAUUCUCCAACCAUCAUGGUUAUUAACUUUCUCCUGUAGCAUAUGAUCUGAAGAGCUAGCCGUGAAAUUUAUUGGUGGUAGUGUGUCCUUCCCAAGGACCAUUGAAAUCAGUGGAUCCAUCAAUCAGUCUAUAUCCGGGUGAUGAUUGUUACUCUGAAAGGUCUGUGUUUGGUCUGCAGCAGUCUCACCGAGGUUCAAAGAAUCUCGUAUUCCUCCACAAGCUUAUCCUCUCUAGAUCUGGGUAUUCAAACUUGGGUGAUAUCAACUUGUGGAAAAUUGGGUAGGGUAGGUAGAAGCAUGAACAUUCGGCGUCGGAUCACAACAGUCAAUGUAAUGCUCAGGCUGCUCCGGAUUCCUGUAGUUCAGACUCAAAGAUGGGGAUCAUACUAUCAAUGUACAGUUUAGCAGUACGUCCCAAGGUUCAUCGACAAGCAGCAGCAGGUCUUUAGAGGCGUUUGCCGUAGGCAGGAGUGGCCUUUUGACAAUUGCCGAUCAUGUACUUUACCAUUUUUCUCAGUUUGAGUCUUUUUUUUUUUUUUUU